AGUUUUUGGAUCAAGGGAUCAGUUUUGUGGGCGGUUGACAGCCAUGAGUUGUUGCAGCUGCUUUACCGGCCUUUUUGGCCAAGGCCAGUCGCUGCGACCCGAUAGUUCCCCUCAAAAGAGGCCUUUGGUGACCGAUUACACAGAGGCAAUGAAAUUGGAGAGGCCCAAGUUGGGCUCCUGGGAGGCCCCGGCUUCGACGGGGACUUCCUUCGACUGGGCCUCCCCCAUUCCCCGGCGGCGUCCUUCGGCGCUGACCGCCGACAACGGGCCGGUGGAUUUCGACAUCGUCAUUGAUAUCGAUGAACCUCAAAAAGCUGGUCAAGCAGCGCCUCGUCUUCAAACGAUUGACACUGAUAUUCCAAGCAAUCGUGUUGGCAUCACUGACCGAAAACGAAGCAGGUUUGAGGCUGAAAUGCUCUUGGCCUCGCCCGGGAGAUUGCCUCCUCCACUCUCAGCAGAUGCCAGAGAGGAGGCGAUCCGGACACUUUUCCCCACCGCCACCUUCCAGAUGCUGGCGAAGGUGCCCAAGACGCUCUUGACGCAGGCCAACGAUUCGGCCAAACAGCUGCGAAGGCAACUCAUGCGGGGUGCCGUCGUGGUCUUCGUCACUGCGGGCCUCCCCGGAAAGAAAUUCACUUUUGAGAUUGCCGCAUCAUUGGGCGUAAAGCCUGUGAUCUUAGAACAUCCAGACUCUUGGAGUAGGA